AUGCCUGAAUACGCCAAGAACCAAUCCGCCGGCUUCAAAAACGCCAUAGAAAGAGUCGCCAUUGUCGGCGCCGGAGGCACCGUUGGAUCCUACAUUGUCGCCGCUCUGCUUGAAACCGGAAAACACACGGUUACGGCUAUCUCCCGCAAAGAUAGCAGCAACAGCAACAAACUCCCCAACAGCGUCCUCAUCGCCUUAGUUGACUAUGACGACGAGGCCACAAUUGUCGCUUCCCUGCAAGGCCAACAAUUCCUUAUCAUCACAAUGGCCCCCACCGCGCCCCGGGACACACACAGCAAGCUAGUCCAGGCAGCCGCCAAGGCCGGUAUUCCCUACAUCAUGCCAAAUAAUUACGCUGGUGACAUUGAACAAGUCAAGCUUGGAGAAGAUAUGAUGCUGGGCCCUGUGGCUAAGGCCGGUAGGGAAGAAAUUGAGAGGCUCGGUAUGCAGUGGAUCACAGUAUGCUGUGGUUUUUGGUACGAUUACAGCCUAGCGGGGGGCGAGUCACGCCUUGGGUUCGACUUCGACAGGCAGUCUCUGACGAUAUAUGAUGAUGGUAACACCAAGAACUCGUUGUCAACCCUAUCGCAGGUUGGGCGUGCCGUGGCCCGAGUGCUGAGUCUGAAGCAUCUCCCCGACGACGAAAACGAUAAGAGUCUUACAUUGUUUGGGUGGCUUAACAAGCCAAUUUACGUCUCGAGCUUUGUGGUCAGCCAAAAGGAGAUCUUUGAGAGCGUCAAGCGCGUCACAGGAACUAGUGAUUCUGACUGGACGGUUACCUAUGAGGAUACGAAGAAGCGAUACGAAGAUGGCCUGGCGCUCGUUAAGCGUGGUAACAUGGCAGGCUUUAGUAAGCUGCUCUACGCAAGAGGAUUCUAUCCGGACAAUCCCAGUGAUUGCUCGGCUAAGGCAAAGGCACAGAAUGAGCUGCUUGGUUUGCCAAAAGAGAGUCUGGAUCAAGCCACCCAAGUUGGGAUAGAUCUGGUUAAGAAGCUGCAACAACGCCCUGAGCGCAUGGCGGCAUAG